CAACGCGAUUGGAAUAGCAAAACACAACAAACCAGACCUGGAAAUUUCGAUUUGUUAGUUUUCGCCAUUUUUCGUUAUUUUAUUGUACCCAGGGUACAUUUGAACGGCUGUAAGCAAUGAAUGGGCAAACGAGUAAACCUUUUAAGCUGAGGAAAAGCUUCUCGGCGAGGAAAAGGGAUUCAGAAUCUAUCGUUCGGCAAUAUCCCGACAAAGUGCCGGUCAUCGUGGAAAGACUGAAAACGGAGAAAAAUUUGCCAGUCCUCGAUAAAAUAAAAUACCUAGUUCCCGCAGAUCUGACAAUGAGCAGCUUGUCAAGCAUCAUAAGGAAAAGGCUUCAGCUGAGUCCAACCCAGGCAUUCUUCCUUCUUGUAAAUGAGAAAAACCUAGUCAGCAUAUCGAUAACAGUUGGAGAGGUUUACAAGGAUGAAAAAGAUGAAGAUGGAUUUAUUUACAUGGUGUAUGCUUCACAGGAGACCUUUGGUUCUUGAAUUGUUUAGUUUGCUACACCAAACAGUUUGUAAGUCAUGCUACAACUCACACAUGUACAAAUGUACUUGAGACAUUUGUAAAGUUAACUGUAAAUUAGGGUGAGGUCAAUGUAUUUAUAUUUACUGUAGAAUUGUAUUUAGACAGAUGCUAAACUGCGGAACCAAUGUAUUAUACAUAAUGUAAAAAGGCUUAUUAAUAUAUCUAAUACUUGCUUUUACAAAUACCAUACCUUAAAAAGGAAUUAUGGUUUUCUUUGGUUGGGCUACUAAAGUAAAAUUAUUGGUUGCUUAAUCUAAAAUAUGAUGGCAGAAAGUAAGAUAGAGCCAAAUAGCAUCAUGUAUUAUUUUUUUGACUAAUAACAGGUUUGAACAAUGCCAAGGUGAAAAUGGUAGAGAAAAUGGGAAUUGAAAUGACUAUGCAAUUUAUUAAUUGAUAAUAAGUGGUAUUUUGUACAAUCUUUCAAAAUUUAUUUUCCUCUUUUACUUGAUAAGUAUUAUCUGCCAGUUUGUGUUUUCAGUAAGAUUGUCACCAAAACUUUUUUUCUUCCAUUAUAACUAUUCUGCCAUGUCAACUCUUUGAGUAUAUCUUUUCAGAAGACAUGACACAAAUUUGGAAGAAAUAAUUAUUCCUAGAACUUGUUUGUUGAAGUAUGAAUAUUAAUUUCAUAUAACAGGGGUGUACACUUUUUAUGGUUUUUAAUUCAAUAAGCAAUUAAAUUUAUGGUGUAUUGCAAUGUGCUGCAGUAAGUUUUAAUACUUCAGGAGCACUAUCAAGGACGGUCUUGCUACCCCACUGGAAUUGACUGUAUCAUUGCCAAAUGUAGCACUUCUCUGGAAUGGAAAUAAAGCAUCAAACAAUUUGAUACUGA